AUGAGUGACAUCGUAGAAGUAUACAUAAAGGUGGAACGUGAAGAUGAGGACAGUUCGCGCCCGGGUGCGAGCGAGACGGAAGGCAGGACGUAUGAGAAUGAGGUGAAAGAAGAGAUCGUGGUGGAGCCUGAAGUGUCGGGGAUGCUGGCAGUUGAACACGAGGCAGACCCCGUCUGGGAAGACAGAAGCACACCGCACACUAUUCAGCAGGAUGGAAACACACCGCACCCCAUCCGGGCAAAGAGAGAGCUCAGGCCGGGGCAUUUGAAAGCAGCCGCGGCUAUUGCCUGCAGUAUACUAAAACAAGCUGAGCAAAAAAGAAACACCCCACAGAAACCCCAAAGAAAACAGCCCACACAACAGCACACUUGCGACAUAUGCCAAAAAGUAUUCAACAGAAUCAACAACUUGAAAAACCACCAGCAAACGCACGAAAAACAAUAUUGCAACAUCUGCCGCAAAGAUUUACUAACAAGAAAGAAACUACGGAACCAUAUCAGAAGAUUCCACUCAGAGAAACCAUACUCCUGCAAUAUAUGCAAUAAGGAGUUUAAAGAAGCGUACGAAUUAAAACGACAUACGCGAAUCCACACCGGCGAACGGCCCUAUUUGUGCGAAAUGUGCGAAAAAUGUUUCUCCAACGCCGGCGCUCUGAAGGACCAUAGACACACUCAUAAUAACGAGAAACGUUUCACUUGUGACACUUGUCAAAAGCAAUUUAAACAGAAGUAUAGUUUGAAAAUACAUUUGUUAACGCAUACGCAAAAACCAUAUGCCUGCAACAUAUGUAGUAAGGAAUUUGUUCGGUCUGCGGAUUUGAACGAACACAUGUUGUCUCAUAGUGCGAUAAAACCAUACUCGUGCAAUAAGUGCGGAACGCAGUUUUCUAGGAAAGACACUUUUUACAGGCACGCUAAGAGGAAGUUUUGUAUGAGUAUAUCUGAUGAGAAAGCUUUCCUUGUACGUAAUGAGGAUUGCAGUUGGAGUUGAAAAUGUUUGUGAUGAGCAAAGA